AUGGCAAAUCUUAAGAUACCCGAACUUCCAUUGGAUUGUAUUUUAGAAAUUUUGAAUUUUUUAAAGGAUGAUAAAAAUUCACUUGUAUCUUGUAUUUUGUCUAAUCGAACUUGGUGUCAACUUACAAUUCCUAUAUUAUGGUAUAAACCUUUUGAACAUCUUUUAUAUCGUGAGGAAGGAGCAAAACUUAUUCAAACUUAUGUUUCUUUACUCGCUGAUUCCGAAAAACAACAAUUAACAAAUUCCGGUAUCAAAAUACCCAUUACAGCCAGACCUUUAUUCAAUUAUGCACAAUAUUUAAGAGAAUUUGAUAUUGACCAUUUUCAAAUGGCAGUUCAGGAUUGGCAUUGGAUGUUAAUAAAAGAUAAUCCAAGUGCGGUUAUUUUAACUCCUUUUCGAACUAGAUUAGUAGGAAAUUUAAUCUUUAGUCAUUGUAAUGGUAUACAUUAUUUAAAGAUUAAUACAGCAAAUAGUAAAUUAAUAGAUGUCACAUCAUGGGCAGAUGCUCAACUGGCUUUAAAUACACUUCAAAAAAUAGAAGUUCAUUUUGAUACAGGACUUGAAGAACUUUGUGAAGAAACAAUUUCUUCUUCUUUUAAUUUUUUAUCAUCUACCACUAAAACCAUCAAACAAAUAUUAAUUGGUAUAAGCAUUGAUACUACAGUAAAUGAAGUAUUACCAACGGCUGGUCUUGCAUUAUCUAAAAUGAUAGAAGCUCAAAAUCAUAUUGAAUCAUUUGAAACCAAUGAAUUUUGGGGUUCUCAACCAGCUUUAAUGAUUUAUCAAUCAUUACAAAGUCAAACAUAUUCAUUAACAUUUCUUCGAAUUAAACACAUGACUUCAAUUGAUUUAUUAUUUCCAGUAUUAAUUGCUUGCAUAAAUUUAGAAACAUUAUCAUUAGAUAUUGUAGAAGAUCCUAAAAAUAUUAAUUUUAAAAAUUUCAAAAUUCCAUCAACACCUUUAAAAUUAAAAAAUAUACAUUGUUGGGGUAAUUAUGAAACAUAUGGAACACUUGAAGUAAUCGAAAUAUUACUUAAAAUGACAAAUUAUAAUUUAAAAACCCUUAAGGUUAAAAUCGUUACACAGUCAUUCAUUAACACCAUAAUUAAAUAUUGUCCGAAUAUUAUUAAUCUUUCCUUGGUAGUUACUAAUAAUGAACUUCCCAAUUUAGUCGUCUUACUUAGUUCACUUAAUUAUCUUACACAUUUCUCAUUGGGGAAUUUUAUUUAUCAUGAUGCGGCAACAUUUAUUCCAAAUACAAGAUUUUUAGUAAAUCAAUUUAACCGUGAGAUUGCAAAAUCUUUACCUUCCACAUUAGAAUAUUUGGCAAUCGAUUUUUGUAUCACUUUGGAAGAUUGGAAAAUAUUUUUAAGAGAUAGUAAAUCAAAAUUAAGGGAAUUAGUAUUAUAUCAAAGUGAAUUAAUACAAGAUUCAUAUUUAGAAGUCAUAGUAAAUUAUGCUCAAGUAUUUGGAUGGUUAAAAGUUUUGAAAUAUCAACAACCUCAUCCUUGGUAUAGUCAAGGAUUUUCUGUGAAAGCUUUAAAAAAUGCUAAAAAUUUUAUACCAGUUAUUGAAAAGGCUCAACCUUUCGAGGAACCUGUUUAUGGUAUUUAA